AUGUCAGAAUUCCAAGAACUCGCUAACAACUACUCCCGUUGCUACGGCAAGACAAAACUCAAAUUUGGCAAGAGACCGGUUCUCAUAAUAAUCGACGCCGUACGCGCUUAUGUCGACCCAAAUUCCCCCUUAUACGCUCCAGAUCGCUUCGAGGCUGCUCGCCAGUCCAUGGCUCGCUUAUUAGAAAAUUGUCGCGCUUCCAAAGUCCGUAUAAUCUACACUUCAGUAAUCUACGAGACUCCCGAGGAUGGAGGAAAGUGGUAUAUGGAAAAAUUGCCGAAUGUGUUAUGCUGCUACGAUGCUGGAAACCCAUUUCGAGAAUUCGCGGAAGGGUUAGAACCUCAAAAGGGAGAGCCGGUUGUGUUGAAGCAGUACUCGAGUAGUUUCUUUGGAACGAGUUUAAGCUCAAUGUUGGCGAGCUAUGGUUGUGAUUCUACUAUUUUGUGCGGAUACAGUACGAGCGGAUGUGUUCGAGCUACAGCUCUCGAUUCAAUGCAACAUGGCUAUAGUCCGUUUGUUGUAAAGGAAGCUUGCGGUGACAGACAUCAAUCUGUGAACGAUAGCAAUCUGUUUGACAUGGAUCAGAAAUUUGCUGAAGUGGUGUCGGAGGAGGAUAUAAUGACUUUGAUUGAUGGGAUCAACAAGAGCUAA